UGUCCUGGCUCUGGCAGGCAGCACCCACAAGACGGCAGACAGGUCCCUGCUGAGCCCUUUCACGGCAACGUUUGUCCAAAAUCAAAACGACCGCUGGGAGGUGUCGUACGCUAUGAUCCGGAGCAAGCGCUGUGUCACCUGGUCUUACGUGCUGAUUUCUGAGACCCAGGUUGGGAAAUUCACGGUGGUCCACAGUGGAGGGUCCCAGGCAGACCAGGAGGAGGUCUGGGUGUACGACACGGACUACGCCUCCUUCGCCCUCCUGCUCUCCAGGAGAAAUUCAGGCAGCCAGAGCAUCCUCAGGGUCAGCCUGCUCUGCAGAGCGUGGGCCAUAAAGCCCCAGGUGCUCCGUAGAUUUGUCUGCCUGGUCCAAGCCCAGGGCCUCGCGGACCACCACAUCGUCUUCCCAGACCUGUCAGGUAAGGCGCUCGGCUGGCCUGGGGAUGGGACCCAGGGUGGGACCUGCCGCUGGGCCUCAGGAGUCCUGCGGAAGCCCUGUGGGCAGCUCAGCCCGUGCUCAGGGCCCAAGGGGGGGGUCCCAGCAUCCCCAAGCGUUCGGCCCGAGGCCAAACUAGGGCUCUCACAGCUCCUUGACCCCCUCCCCCUCCUGGGUCCCCUGCUUGCGGCCACCCCCUCCCACGCCCAGGUCCCCCCGCCCGGGCCACCCCCUCCCUUCCCUCCAGGAGCGUUUCUUCCCCGCUUCUGUCCCGCACACAUGCGCGACCACGCAGAUGCCCAGAGCUCACACACCAGCAUUUUUCACUCACACAGCCGUGCACACACACGUGUGCACAGGGAGGAUACACUCAGGUGCACAACACUCAUGAGCACAUGCACAUUUGCACACCUGCACACCCUCGCACUUCCACCCUGCCCGGCCAUCUGGGUCUGCAGUGGGUCUGGGAGCUGCUGCGGCGCCUCCCGAGGAGCCCGGGCGAGGGCAGGGCAGCGCCCAGAGUCCAGGUCCCUCCGCUGAGCCCCUGGAGCGGCUGCAAAGCCCCCUCCUUCUCCUGCUGCCCCUCCUCCCGUGUGCAUGUGUGUGCAUGCACGUGUGCGUGUGCGUGUGCGUGUGCGCGCAAUCUCCCUCCUGCUCCGUCUCCAUCCUCCAUCCCAAGACUCCGGCUCUCUCACCAGACUUCCUCAUCCGUCCAGAUUCCUGCUGAUGGACUUGCUCUCCCGAGCCGGGCCCUGCCUCGCUGCCCCCUUCUCCCUCCACUCUCAGCAUAAAAUAAACGCACUGUUGGGA